CGCGGUUCGCUGACAAUAAUGUGAGAAACGGGUAUCGCACGCUGUACGCCCACACGCCUAUCGAGUGCCGAUAAGAGACUCAACGGAUUUCUCAUCUUCAUCUCUACGUUCAGUACCGCAUGUGCCGCGCACACAGCCACGAUGAGUAUUCUGAGAAAGAGGUUGAACGAUUUCGAUGACACUCUGAACGCCGAAGAAAUAGAUCUUGGCUGUCUGAAACGACUGUGCUUCCACGGAAUACCAGAUGAGGGAGGUUUAAGACCGUUUUGCUGGAAACUCUUAUUAAAUUAUUUACCUCCGACCAGGAGCAGCUGGUCCGAAACACUUACACGCAAGAGAACACUUUACAAGACUUUCAUUGAGGAUCUCAUAGUCACGCCAGGUGAAGCGAACAGUGAUGGGGAAAGAACAGACGUUACUCUUCACGAUCACCCUUUAAAUUUAAAUCCCGAUAGCAAGUGGCAAACUUAUUUUAAGGAUAACGAAGUCCUUUUACAAAUAGAUAAAGACGUUAGGAGGCUGUGUCCAGAUAUAUCGUUCUUCCAACAAGGUACAGAUUAUCCUUGUCAAGAGAUUGUAAAUGCCAGCGGACAGAAGCGUUUGCAUCACAGAGUACAGCACACGGUUUUGAGAAGCGCGAACGUAGAGAGAAAAGGACUUGGUGUUACGAAGCAGCAGAUAGCAGUCUCCAUUAGGAAGGCUUCGGAGGACUACGCGCCGCUCACGGAGGGUGGCGAGGCACAUUGGGAAGUUUUGGAAAGAAUACUUUUCCUUUAUGCAAAGUUAAAUCCAGGCCAAGGAUACGUGCAGGGCAUGAACGAAAUCGUUGGGCCCAUCUAUCAUGCGUUCGCUUGCGAUCCCGAUCCAAACUGGAGAGAACACGCGGAGGCAGACACCUUUUUCUGCUUUACCAACCUCAUGAGCGAAAUUCGAGAUUUUUUUAUAAAAUCGCUGGACGAAGCUGAAUUCGGAAUAAACUCGAUGAUGACCAAGCUCACAAAUCAAGUUAAAGCUAACGAUCCGGAAAUCUGGAUGCGUUUGAACCAACAGGAACUUUGCCCGCAGUAUUAUAGUUUCAGAUGGUUAACGCUUUUGCUCUCGCAAGAGUUCCCGUUGCCCGAUGUAAUGAGGAUCUGGGACUCUCUGUUUGCCGAUGAAAACAGAUUCAGCUUCUUGAUACACAUCUGCUGUGCCAUGAUUUUACUCCUGAGGGACCAAUUACUCGCUGGUGACUUUGCUACCAACGUUAAACUUUUACAAAAUUUUCCAUCAAUGGAUAUUCAAAUAGUGCUCUCGAAAGCAGCUGCGUUAGCAGGUAAGAGUCUGAAUUCGCCAUAGCAUAUAGAGCCGUGCUGAAAUCAGAACGUGAACGAAACCUUUGUGAAAUGGGACGUCAUAACAUCCUUCAAGGUACCUAUGCGUACGUACCUUUAAUCAGUUUCCAUUUUUACUCGUUUAUCCCAUUUCGACAAAACGAGUCAGACUCGUAUACACAGGUUCAAACUGUAUCUCCGCGCAAUUAAUCACACGUUCGGUCUAGACGGUUCGCAUAUUAAAUAUGUCGUAACGUAUUGGUCUCGCGUAAGAAUGGUCGAGGAAUAAAAUAGUUUUAAGCAAUGUUUUAUACUUUUGAGAACUAAAAACCCUCCUCCGUUUAUAACGUAGGAGACUAGGAGGAUUGUUAGAAUCUAAAUUUAGCUCUCUGUUUCCUCACUAAGCGAUGAGAUAGAGAGGAACUGAUAACCCUUAACAAGAAAAGAAUUAAAUAUAAAUUGAACGGAUCAUUUAAUGGUUUCGUACAUAUAUCAAGUUAUUUGCCAUUGAUAAGAUUCGUGGUGGCUAUCUCCUUUUCGUUCUUUUGCUUCGUAAGAAAUUUUUACUACUCUGCUAUAUCACGAGUUCGAUUUUAUCCAAUUAGUCGAACAUUAUUUUAUUUGCUAGGAAACUGUUACUCUAAAAGUUUAUUUGAAAGUAUAGUUUAUUAAUGUUUCUUGUUAAGAGUUAACAAAAACACGUAUAUAAAUUGUGCUGUGAAGAAAAUUCAACCAUACUGGAGAUGUAAUUCUGUUAUGUCCGAAAAUGAUGAUAGAAGCGUUUGCAUAUUCGAAUCGGCGAUCUGAUAUUCUAUGAUAUUUCGUAAUAAAAGAUUGUGAAACGUAGUCCGGUAAUUACUAUAAGUAGAAGAACAAAAAAAGAUGAAUGAACGCGUCUACGAUUUCGGCUGCUCGCAAUAUGCAUUUUGUAAUCGUUAAAUAAUAAUGGAUUAUGAUCGUUUGUACGCGUAAUAAUUAUGUUUAAGUGAAAUAUUAUAUUUUGUAAUCUUAUUUUUGUAAUGACCUGCGUCGUUCGUCCUACGUUUACAAAAUAAAAAGAUGUUAUAUUUGCAUAAA